GUAUAAAAUUCGCCGUCUCACUCUAUUCUGUCAUCAGUUACCUCUGUGCUUCAAAACAAAGUUCAUCUAAUCCAAUCUAUCAAAAUGGUUUUCAAGUUCUGCAUCUUGGCCGCCCUCGCGACAGUAGCUAGCUGCGGCUACGCCAGCUCCUCAGCGUACGUGAAAACAGCCCCAUCACACGGUCACGCACCAGCAUCCUACGGAGGCUACGGCCACGGAGCCGAGUCUUACGGAAGUUACGGCCACGAGUCGUACCACGACUCGCACCCCGCCUACAAGUUCGCGUACAGCGUGCACGACCCUCACACCCACGACGUGAAGGCCCAGGAAGAGACCCGCGACGGACACCACGUCAAGGGCUUCUACUCCCUCUACGAGGCUGACGGCAGCAAGCGCGUCGUCCACUAUGCCGACAACGGACACGGAUUCGAAGCCACCGUCCACAAGGAGGGAGGUCACCACCCCGUCUCAGCCCCUGCCCACUACGCUCCGUUACCUGCCUACCACGCCGCUCCGGUCUUCGAAAAGUACUGAAACUUCCUCGUCAUCAAAUGUGAUCAUAUCCUGUAAUAUUAUGCAUUUUUAAGUUCAAAUAAAAAUUGAAGAAAUAA